GCAGCCCGGGCCGCCCCUUUUCCCCCUCCCCGCCUGCCCGGGCCGGGCUCUGUCCCCUCCUCCCCGGGCUUCCGUGCGGCGCCUGCGCGCCCCCGCCUGCCCCGAGCGCACCUGGGCGCCGAACGUCCCCCGCGGGCUGGGGAAACGGCCCUUGGUGCGGGUGCGGCCCGGGUCCUGCCCCUGGGCCUGGCUGAGCAUAAAAACUCCCCGACUCGCGUGUUCGAUAGGGAGAUCAGAAACAAAGUCUGGGUCCCGGGUGUUUUAUCCUGCCCAAAAGCAGGAGACGAGGCUGUGUCCUGGCUGUGCUGUGGUUUAGUUAAACCCUGCCCUUGGCUUUGAGGGGGUGUUUGUCCUCCGCCGGUGUCCGCAAGGACAGCAGUCGGGCGGCAGGUCUGCGGGGUCUGUCCUGGAAAGCUCUGCCAGUUCAGUCACGUUGUGUCUGGGUGCAAAACGUUUGAAAAUGCUGCUUUCAGCCCGGUUCAGUCCUGGCACAGCUUACCACACGAGUUCUUACUGUAGCUCAUUUGCCAAGGGAUGUAGCUUCUAUAGCCUCACAUAUAUGUAUAUACACACAUAUGAAUAGGCGUGGAUAGAACCAGAGCGGUGAGCGAUGCUGGCGCACAAGGGGCCGCGGUGGGGUCGGCGCAGGGAGGAUGCGCUGGAGCUGCAUCACUGAGCUUUGCAGUGUAAGGGUGCAGGAUCGCUGCUGCCUGGGGUCUUAACGAGGGCAAUGAGGUCAUUAACCCCUUGGGGGACUAUGAGCUGGCACUUGUACAAUCCUGUGUUUGUAAGCGGCCAGUACAGCUGGUGCGGAGCGAGGAUCACGGUGCUGCUGAUACCUUCUGUGAACAGGCCGGGUUUGGUGCCGGGCUCUGUGAAGCAGCGUUUCCGAGCAGACACGUGCCCGUGCCCGGUUACCGGUUGUGGCGUUACGGAAGCCAGAGAACUUUGGGCAAAUACGUCUCACUGCAUCCCGUGCUUGCUAUUGAAAGGAUUCCCUGGAGAACGAAAUGUGGGAGCUGUUUUCUGACAGGCCCACAGACAUUUAGGGCAGAAAUCAAUUGUGCGGUGCACAAUCAACGUGAGAACCUUGGUACAUUUUCAGAAAGAAUAUUUCUGUUAUUCUGGCGGGUGGUGACAAUGCGUCACUAACCGGGCCGAGGAUGGAGUUAAAAUGACGGUAAACCGUAGUGCCUUUCGGCGCUGUGGCUCAGGUGAUCGCUGUGAUCAUUCCAUCCUUGUUCUGGACAGAAGAUCUGGUGGGGACCAGGGAGGUUCUGACACCAGAGUACGAGGAUUGUGCCCCCAAAUGAACACGCGUCUGGUCUGUCACGGUGCACGUUGCUUAAUUGUGUGUUUUUUUUAGUUAAGCAACAUUUGGUGUUAAAGUGCAGGAAAACAACCAAAUGUAAAAUCGUGGUGUGUUUUGUCAGCCCACGGUGAGGAGCGAGUUGAUGGAAGGAUGAAGUGUUCAUCAGAUGAACACAGAGGACGUUCUGAAGUAGCGAGCAGGAGGUGCGCGAGGUGCCGUUGCAGUGGGAGCCACAGCAGCUGCUGCACUUGGUUUAAGUGGUUAAUAAGUUUUUUGUGUGUUUCUUUGAAAACUGAAGGACCCUUUUAUUUCUUGUGUAAGACUUCGAAGGUUAAAGCUGCUCUUCCACUCGUGUGGCAGGUACUUGUGCAGUCAUAGUGUAAAUCAAAUGCCUCAUUAAAAGCAAUAGUAAGAAUUCUCGCCAUGGUGGUUCAACUGAGAAGAAAUGUGAGGGAGAAGGAGGUAACGGGACCAAGUAUUGAUUUCAGCAGCGUGUUCUUCAUGUGUGUAGGCAACGCUGCAAGAGCUGGGGGCACUAAGAGGACAGAAGCACUGAGGAGUCUGCUGACUUUCAAAAUACCUGGGAGCAGGACGAAGGAGACAGGAGGAGGGAGUGUGUGCAGACCCGGAGGCCGCGGCGUCGCUGUCGGGGCGGACGGGCGCCAUGGAGCAGUACACAGCCAACAGCAACAGUUCCACCGAGCAGAUCGUCGUCCAGGCCGGCCAGAUCCAGCAGCAGCAGGGGGGUGUCACCGCUGUCCAGCUGCAGACUGAGGCCCAGGUGGCAUCUGCCUCAGGCCAGCAAGUCCAGACCCUCCAGGUAGUGCAGGGCCAGCCGCUCAUGGUGCAGGUGAGCGGGGGGCAGCUCAUCACGUCCACGGGCCAGCCCAUCAUGGUGCAGGCCGUGCCGGGCGGCCAGGGCCAGACCAUCAUGCAGGUCCCGGUGUCCGGAACGCAGGGGCUGCAGCAGAUUCAGUUGGUCCAGCCAGGUCAGAUUCAGAUUCAAGGUGGGCAGGCUGUGCAGGUACAGGGCCAGCAGGGCCAGACCCAGCAGAUCAUUAUACAGCAGCCCCAGACUGCAGUUACUGCUGGCCAGACACAGACCCAGCAGCAAAUAGCCGUUCAAGGGCAGCAGGUAGCGCAGGCGGCGGAAGGGCAGACCAUAGUGUACCAGCCUGUGAACGCUGACGGCACCAUCCUGCAGCAAGUCACAGUCCCUGUUACAGGCAUGAUCACCAUUCCCGCAGCCAGUCUGGCUGGAGCGCAAAUUGUCCAGACGGGAGCCAACACCAACACGACCAGCAGCGGACAGGGCACUGUCACGGUGACGCUGCCGGUCGCCGGAAAUGUUGUCAAUUCAGGCGGAAUGGUUAUGAUGGUCCCUGGCGCCGGGUCGGUCCCGGCCAUCCAGAGGAUCCCGCUGCCCGGAGCCGAGAUGCUGGAGGAGGAGCCGCUCUAUGUCAACGCCAAGCAGUACCACCGCAUCCUCAAGAGGAGGCAGGCGCGGGCCAAGCUGGAAGCUGAGGGGAAGAUUCCCAAGGAAAGAAGGAAAUACCUGCACGAGUCCCGGCACCGCCACGCCAUGGCCAGGAAGCGGGGAGAAGGCGGGCGCUUCUUCUCGCCCAAGGAGAAGGACAGUCCUCACAUGCAGGAUCCAACUCAGGCCAAUGAAGAAGCAAUGACACAGAUGAUCAGAGUCUCCUAACCGCUGCUAAAGAAAACAAACAACUGAGUACAACUCCCGGCCCUUCUGCAAGUCUGUCCUGCCUUUCCGGUGUUCCAAGCGAGUCUUUCAGUGGGACAAUCGCCAUAUCAGCCUGCCCUUUUCUACAGAACAAGCACCACGUUUUCAGUGCGUGGUCCAUAUUUUAACUGCAGUUGACUCAACAAAUCGAAACUUAAGGACUUUCUUUGUACACUCUUCUGAUCCAGCGCAGGGAUUUCAGAGUCUGGCUGCUCGUGCGUUUUGUCGUUUGUUUGAUUGAUUUUAAACAUCCCUUGCAUUAAGAUUGGCCACGGGAGAGAGUGGCCACUGGCCCGGUGAUCAGCAGUAACUGGCAUGCUGGAGCGGGGCAGCACAGGCCCUGGGAGCCCUGUCCCUUCUGUCACAGACACCUCUGGUUCACAGCAGCCAGCCUGGCGCGCCUGCUCCGCCGUGCUUGCUUUUCCCAGCAGGGACUUCGGACACCAGCGGAGCUGAAGGGGGCUGGUUUAGGUGCCAUUAACAUAUGCAAACAGCAAGUUCCUCCCUGGGAGAAGUUCAGCAAUGCAGUGGCAACGAUAGACAGAUUUCAAGAUGAUUGCAGGACUUGAUAUAUUGUGCAUCCGUUCCAAGAAGUAAGAGUGGGGAGGGUGACAUGGGGUAGGGAUGUAAUUAGUAAAAGCAACCUCUUGGUAUUUUUUGGUAUGUUUAUUGCCAGUAGUUGGUGCUUUGGAAGAAAAGUGGAUGGUAGUAUAAAAAGGAUUAAAAUUUCUAAUUGAGUCUCUUCCAAAGGCUUUAUUUUUUUCAGUCUUCCUUCUAACCUGCCAGUCCAGAGCGCGGUUCCUCCAAAAGGCAAAAUCCGCAGUCUCGGAGUGAGAGCGCUUGACCAUCUUUGUGAUGGUGUUUCCUGACGUCUGUUCUACAUCAGUUCCACGAGCAAGGCGUAGAAGGCUGGGAGGAUCCCGAAAGAGAGAGCCUUGAGAAUCCUACCUACUUUGGAUACAACAGAGAAGUACUAGACUGAAGAGUAUGAGAAGAUGGGAAGGAAUACAAGAGGGAGCAGAAACGUGAAGCGUUGGACGCCGCGUUGGCAGCAGGCGAUGGUGAGGUGACGGGUGACGGUGUUCAUUCAGCUCAGCCGGCCGGGGAGGUGCAAAGACAUGCGGGUGUGACGUCUGUAGCUGGGCAGCUGGGUUCUCUAAAUGGAGCUCAGUUCAUUUUCUUCCUGAAUUUUUAGUUCCCCGUUCUCCCGAAGCCGAGGAAGGAGCCGCAGGACACGCGGUGCCGCCUGCAGCCCCGGGAGGAGGGGGCCUAGUUCUUCAUGUUCAAACCUUCUCACCUGCGAUUUUGUCUUACAUAGUAAUACAAUGUUCUGCUCACAGAUCUAACAUUAGGAUUUUUCUCUGAUUCAAAAGGCACUUAUUUACCUCUGUAGGUGGCAUCUUCUGCGCCUUUGGUUGCUUCCACCUUAAAGUCCCUGGCCGAUGAAAGGAUGGUGCUUAAUUUCUUCAGUUGGCCCCGUGAAAUCCUCACCCAGCAUUUCUUCCACCCAUUUCAGGAAACACGUAGCUCUCUUUCAGUGACAGUGUCACAAAAAAUUUGCUUUUGUUGAAUUUGCAGCAUUACUGUAAAUAUUUUUUUAGGUCAUCUGUACGUUUUGUCAGUGCCGAGUAAUAUUUCUGUGCUGAGUAAGCGCCUCUGUAGCGUUUCUGCUCGUCAGCUGCUGGCUGAUGUCUGGAGAAAGCCCUCUGAGGGCUGCAGUGAGGGAGGAGAGAUGGUUGCUCUGACAUAGGUUUGGUUUUUUUAAUGAGUAAUUACUUCUUUUCUUAAAGAACUUGUAAACUUCUUUAAAACAGUUAGAACUUUUUUCCCAAUAAGCCCUUCACCUAUAGGUUCUCUGAUCCAUGGCUGUAGAAUGUGUAUGAAGACCUAUGGAUUUGUGUUACAUAGAAAGUCUUAUUGUUAAUACUUUAAGUAGUGAUGUGAAAGCCUGAGUGCUACUGUCAUCUUUUCAUUUGCUUUGGGUUAUGUGUAUUCACUUCUAAAAGCAGCAUUUGCUUGGUGAGAUUGAGUUGGUGGUCAACCACGUUACCAAAACAGUCUGCGCUCUUUUCCUGGGUGAACUUGUUAAAUCGGAGAUGUCCUCAAGUGAGAAUUCUUUGUGGAUUGGCUACACUUGAGCAAAACCCCCUUCGAGAGCACAGAUCCGCGUGCACGAGGGUGGGAGGCUCGGGGAGGAGAGCGCAGAUCGGCGCCGGGAGCGGCCGACCAUCAAACCCCGGAUUGCUCUGGAAGAACAGCAGGUGGACGACGCUCAAGUGACCCGGGGCUGCCGGGCCUCGCACGUCCAAAGCGCCAGAAAACCUCUGCGACCGCGCGCGGGAGGGAACCGAGAUUAACGUAACGUAAGGCAAAGUCUGUAUAUAGUUUAAAGUUUAUAAUUUUUUUUUUUUUUAUAUAUAAUGCAUUUUUUCAAGUGUAUUUUGGUCUUUAAUAGAUGCAAUUGUAAGUACUGUGUACACUAUCCAGCUAAUAAAAAUUUAUAAACCGAGCACAAAA